AUGGCAGAAUUUAGCGAUAUUGUAAUUGAUUGUGGUUCAGAUACAAUUAAAGCUGGUAUUGCAAAUCCAGAAUCAAAACCAAGUUUAGUAUUUCCAUCAAAUUUAUUUACCAAUGAAAGUUUAAACAAGAAAUCAUCUAGCAUUAAUCAAAUAAGAGAAAAAAAGUACAUCUUUGACUGUAGUUUGGCUGAUCCAAUCAAACGUGGUAGAAUAGUUAAUUGGGGCGCAAUGGAAAAUGUUUGGCGUUAUACAUUCAAUGAAUUGCAAGUGAAUUCAAAUCAAUGCAACGUUCUUUUAUCUGAAAUGGCAUUUGCUACUUACAAGGAAAGAAAAGAAAAGGUAGAGAUAAUGUAUGAAAAGUUUGGUGUCCAAAAUUUGUUUAUCUGUAUGGAUGCUGCUUUAUCUUUGUUUUCAUUGCGUCAAUAUACAGGUUUAGUCGUCGAUAGUGGUUAUGAUGUUACAAGGAUUAUUCCAAUAUAUAGUGGAAUCCCUCACUACGUUAAACAUUCAGAUCAAAUUCUUAACAUUGGUGGGAACUCAAUUUCAAAGUAUUUAGAAUUUCUUUUAGUAGAUAAUCCUGCAAGUAAUUCAAUCAAUAGUGACACUGUAAACAACAUUAAGGAGCAGUUGGCAUAUGUACGCGAAGAAAAAAGCCAUUAUUUCGAAGAAAAAUUCUUUCAAUUAUUCGAUGGUACCAGUGUUAAAUUAAAAAAAGAACUCUACAAAGCACCAGAAGUUCUUUUCAAACCAGAGUUAUUAGGAAUUGAUACUGAUCCACUUCACAUCAAAAUCUUAAAAACCGCCAGCUCUGUAGAGGUUGCAGAUCCUUCUGAAAUUUACAGAAACAUAUAUCUAUUUGGUGGUAACUCAUUAUUCCCAGGUUUAAAAUGUCGUAUCCAAAAUGAAUUGUUAUAUAAAGCCCCAAAGGCUAAAGUAUAUAAUUACAAUAAAGAUAAAUUCUCUGCUUGGGUUGGUGGUUCAGAGCAUUGCAAGGUUUUAACAGAACACAAAUCUUGGAUUUCAAAAGAAAAAUAUUUGGAGUAUGGUGGUGAUCUUUUCUAUACCAAUUUCAUAUAA